UCUUUUUCCUUCCCUGUGUUUUGGGGGUGGGGGUGGGAGGCAAGAUGAGCCUGUUGUCAGCUAUUGAUACCACCGCUUCAGUCUACCAGCCUGCUCAGCUCCUUAACUGGGUCUACCUAUCCUUACAAGACACUCACCAGCCAAGUGCCUUUGAUGCCUUCAGACCAGAAUCCGGCUCUGCCUCCCACCCUGAUCUCAACAACUACUCCAAAAGCCCCCCUGAGCUGAGCUCCUCCAUCCACUCCAGCUAUCUCAGCAGCUUCCUGCAGCUCCAGAGGACUGAGGCAUUAGGCAACAGCCUCUACAAAACUACAUCCCCGUACGGAUCCUUGAACAACAUCGUCGAUGGGUUGAGCUCCUUAACUGAACACUUCUCGGAAAUCUCCCUCUCCAACGAGAACAGGAAACCCAGCAAGAGACCUCCCCCCAACUAUCUGUGUCAUCUCUGCUUCAACAAAGGACAUUAUAUCAAGGACUGUCCACAGGCUCGUCCCAAGGGGGAAGGCCUCACCCCGUAUCAAGGGAAGAAACGGUGUUUUGGGGAGUACAAGUGUCCAAAGUGCAAGCGGAAAUGGAUGAGCGGGAAUUCUUGGGCCAACAUGGGGCAAGAAUGUAUAAAGUGCCACAUCAACGUUUACCCUCACAAACAGAGACCUUUAGAGAAACCUGACGGACUUGAUGUCUCAGACCAGAGCAAGGAGCACCCUCAGCACCUGUGCGAGAAAUGUAAGGUGUUGGGUUAUUACUGCCGUCGGGUUCAGUAACCAGCUGGCGGGCCGCCGGCGAUCCAACACGGGAAGAGAUAAAGGAAAGGAGAAAAGAAAAAAAAACUGACUUGCGUGUAAACUAAUAAGAAGUAUUAGAAUGUAACCUUCUUCCUGUGUAUGUGCACAAAACCUAUUUAUACAACUAUUCGUUAUAAAAAAAAAUGUUAAGAUACAGUGUUAUUAUCACAGUUGCCAUCUUUUUCCAGAUGAAAAAAAAAAUUAAAAAAUUGCCCCGCAUUUAGCUGCUUCCUGUGUGGCGGAAAUUGAAA